AUGAGCACUCGCCGGUCGACUCGCGCAAAACGUGCGACAUACAAAGCCGUCGACUAUGGCCUCGACGACGACGGUGAGCUGGCAGUGAACGAUACUACUACUCCCUCCAAAUCGAGCAGACGGCAAAGGAAACCUUCGGUAGAUGAGGAUGGAGACUUCGAAAAUGGCUUGGGGCAGGUUGAUGCCGUCCAGGACCAGAUAAGCGACCUGUCUGCUGCAGAAGAUGAGGCCCAGGCAGAUGAAAGUGAUGUAGGUUAUGCUUCACACACCAGCUCAUCGAGGAGAGCAAAGGCCAAAGCAAAGAGCCCCAAACGUCAGCGCAAGAGCGCGCCGACACAGUCGAACCCCACCUCGAGGCAAACAUCGGCUUCAGCCUCCAGACAUGUCGAGGAAACAGGAAUUAUGGAUGGACCGACAGAGGAGCCGCCGACGCACAUGGGAGCAGAAAGGUCCGGAGACGCCGCCUCCAAGGUCAGGUGGCGACUGCCAAAGAAGAAAAAGUCACAAGCGGCAUAUCGAGCAUCGCUAAAAGUGGUCUCGAAACGAAAAGGACCGCCAGAGACCGACGGGGAGCUGUGGCGGUAUGUGGCCGAUAACCUCAACAAAAGCUUGAGGGUCUAUCUGGGACCGUUGCAGCGUCACGAUCGAUUCGGGCUGCUUCUUGAGACGGUGUAUGGCCCGGAUGUGGCCGCAAUCGCACUUGCAGACAACUUGCGACUGCACUAUGUCAACCACGUCCUCCCCGACCGCGGGUUGAAAAGACGUUGCUGUGUCAUGCCCAGCCCCUGGGUUCCUGCCGGUUUUGAGGCGGAGCAGAGAAAAAAGUUCCAUGCAUGGCAUCGGCAGAUCACAGAAGGCGGCACUGCGUCGCAAAAGCUCGGCAAUAUACCGGCCAAGCGUAAGAAGAAGCUUCUACCCCAGUCGGCCAAAGGAGACUUGAUUACAUUCAUUGGGCCUCAUGAUAACCAGAAGCCUGUGGUGAUUCCCCAAGGGAGUGCAAUAACCCUCUCCGAGAGGGAGGAAUCUCUAACAGACGAAGGACAACAGGCUACCGGCUGGUUGUUCGAUGUGGGAGGUGUACCGUUGGCUAUAGGCUGGGCUCCCCGCGCGGAUCCCGACGCGGCUCAAAUCCUCGCCGUCGCGGUUUCACCACACUCAGAUUACACAUUCUACAGAACCGAAAAGUCAGUACCUAAGGAGGACAAGACCGCCGGCAGCGUGCAGUUCUGGAGGUUUGAAGCGGAGCUGGAUGCCAACUCUGUGCGCAGGCCUUGCCGAAAACCGCCGCAGAGAGUUUCGGCCAUCUGCUUCGACUGGGGUAGAGUAACAAGACUGCAAUGGUGUCCAGUUGCACCGGUGACCAAACCAGGAUCUCUCUGUGGCGUGCUUGCAGUCUUGUGUGAGGGCCAAGUGCAUAUUGUCGAGGUCAAGGAGCCCGAGGUAGGCAGCGAGACACAGUUCGACUGGAUUCAAACACCCGUCGCCACAAUCAGCCUCAAAGAGGAAGAAACUGGGAUACUCGCAACUUGCUUCACAUGGGUCACUAUAAACCGUAUUGCGGUCGGAUUUAAGGAUGGAACCAUCGGCAUAUGGUCUAUACAGCCCCUUGUUCUCAUAUCGAAACAAGUUGUCCAUCACGCUGAAAUGCUAGACAUAUGUUCAGGCUAUCCCUCGCAUCCCUAUGUCAUAACAUCGGUGCCGCUGGGCGGAUGUCCAGCCAUUACCGACUUUACAGAUCCCUCCCAGGAAACGGCGGCUCAUACGACUCCGAGUGCUGUUUUCCAACCCAACAUGUUAGACUGGUGCGAACACAUGCAAGGCUUCCUUUCAACUUACGCCAACUCCACCCCGGGAUCUACCACUGUAGCCUUCCUGGCCAUGAGAUAUCCCUCGCAGCUACGCACCGUCUUCCAAGGCUUCAGUCAGCCGAUGUGCCUAUCCGCCGGCAAGACGCAUUGUUAUACGCUGAUUGGGUGCGCCGACGGCUCGCUCUGGUCUUUCAACACCAUGCGCAAGGUCUUCUACCUGCGAGGCGAGAAGCUCUACAAGAUUAAACUCUUUCAACACGAGUACAGAAAGGCCAAUGAGGCUCAGACUUCAGAUGGAGAUGCCAAUGGUGAAGACACGACGAUGCAGGACGCGCACCAGGAGGAAAACACCGAUGGUAAACCACAGAUCAGGGGAGCAGUUCGGAUACUGCAUGGUUUCAAGCCCGAAAUCAACGACAACCCGAGAAACGAUCACUCCAGGGCCGUCAUGAAGAAGGCCCGGGAGAAAGCAAAGGCAAAGGCGAAGCGGGCAGCGGCCCGCAAAGGAGCCUCGGCCGCAAUCAAUGGUUGUGAGCUGGUGGAGCGAACAGAAAGGGACGACUAUCCGGAGGAGCAUAACCCGCUCAAAGGAAUCAUACUACAUGAACCUGAGACUCGAGUGGUGGUUUGUGCUUGGAACCCCAAUGUUGAGUUGGGUUGGUGGGCGGCUGCUGCGAUGGGUUCUGGACUUGUAAGGGUGAUGGACCUGGGCCUCGAUUGA